AACAACCCCCGCCAGCUGGGGGUAGUUGCGUGGGUUGCACGAGAGAGAGAAACUGGGUCAGGCAGACUCGAGGCAGGCCGAGUCAGGCCGAGGCUCGAGAGUCGUCCAGGCGUUUUCGGCUGGAAGCAGUCCCUUGGAAACCACCCCGAAGCCCGUCGUCGCUUCACCAGUCUAUCGUCGAUCCAUCCUCCAGUCCUUCUCCACCGUUUACAACAGCUUCAUCCCCUUGCGAGCGCGAGCGAGAUCGAAGUAUUCGUACUCCAACUAUCCCACGAGGAGACAGCAAGGAAUCGAAUUUCGCCCGGACACACUCACCGACCAGACUAAUGAGUUCCGAAAACACGUACUCGCUCUCUAGGGAGCACUGUAACUUGAAAUAUUCAGAUAUCCUGCCGCAGAAUGCCGAAGGUUAUCCAGCAACCAAGGAAUUCCUGAUGAAGGUAGUGGAUAUUUUACUGGAUUUCAUCAAAUCAACGAAUGACAGAACUGCGAAGGUACUCGAUUUCCAUCAUCCUUCCGAAAUGAUGCGUCUCCUGGAUCUCGAAAUUCCUGACUCUGGUUUGACUCUUCAGCAACUUCUCAUUGAUUGUUCCACCACCUUAAAGUAUCAAGUUAAAACUGGUCAUCCUCAUUUCUUCAAUCAAUUAUCCUGCGGCCUUGAUAUCGUCUCGAUGGCUGGUGAAUGGCUGACAGCGACAGCCAACACGAACAUGUUCACCUACGAAAUUGCACCGGUGUUCAUUUUGAUGGAGCACGUGGUGCUUCAGAAAAUGAGAGAGCUCAUUGGUUGGAACGGUGGUGAUUCCAUCCUUGCACCAGGAGGUUCCAUCAGCAAUCUUUAUGCUUUUCUCGCUGCCAGACAUAAAAUGUUCCCCGCUUACAAGGAACGAGGCCUCGCUGCUAUCGGGGGACAGUUAGUUAUGUUUACGUCUGACCAGUGCCAUUAUUCGGUGAAAUCAUGCGCCUCUGUCUGCGGACUGGGAACGGACAACUGUGUGAUGGUUCCCAGCGAUGAUCGAGGACGCAUGAUCCCAUCGAAGUUGGAAGAAUUGAUUCUGGAACGCAAGGCUAGAGGACAUAUCCCCUUCUUCGUGAACGCUACCGCAGGAACGACCGUCAUCGGAGCAUUCGAUCCUAUUCCAGAAAUCGCUGAUAUUUGCCAGAGACACAAGCUCUGGCUACACAUCGACGCGGCUUGGGGUGGUGGACUGCUUCUUUCAAGGAAAUACAGACAUCCCCGAAUGACAGGAAUCGAACGAGCCGACUCCGUAACCUGGAACCCGCACAAACUCAUGGGAGCGUUGCUUCAGUGUUCGACGAUUCACUUCAAGGAGGACGGAUUGCUGAUUAGCUGCAACCAAAUGUCCGCAGAGUAUUUGUUCAUGACAGACAAACUGUACGACGUGAAGUACGACACCGGUGAUAAGGUGAUUCAAUGCGGACGUCAUAACGACAUCUUCAAGCUAUGGCUGCAAUGGCGAGCCAAGGGUACAGAAGGAUUUGAGAAACACAUGGACCGGCUGAUGGAACUCUCAGAGUACAUGGUCAGGCGGAUCAAACAGAUGCCUGAUAAAUAUUAUUUGAUACUGGAACCUGAAAUGGUGAACGUCUGCUUCUGGUACCUUCCAAUACGCGUCCGAAACAUGCCACAUACUCAGGAGAGGAUCAAGAUCCUUGGAGAUAUUUGCCCCAUUUUGAAAGGCCGAAUGAUGCAAUCUGGAACACUGAUGGUCGGCUACCAGCCGGACGAUCGACGGCCCAAUUUCUUCAGAAAUAUUAUCUCGAGUGCCGCAGUAACGGAAGCGGACGUCGACUUCCUACUAGAUGAAAUGGACCGGUUAGGCCGUGAUCUGUAAGAAACCCGCCCGUUCUAAUUAGUUGCGUAAUCAGCUGCCGCGAUGCAGUUGAUUAUAUCGCGACAUCGUAUCGAAAGUGAUUCCAGCUGAUAUUAGAAAUUCAUUUAACGAGCAGGAGAAUCGCGUCGCGUUUCAUUACGUGUACAAAAUUCGGAGGCCAAAUUCGAGACUCGCAUUCAUGAUUAUUAACCUAAGCAGUGUGCACCGGCUCUCUCCAUUUCUCUUGUAGACCAAAAGAAAGUAUUCGUUGUUUUAUUUUAUUUCUUCUUUUAAUGAAAACUCUUAGAUUUAGUUAAAAAAAUUCUUUCUAAAAGUUAAAUAAAGGAUGUGUUUUUGUUCACAUCAAAAAAUAUCUGUUUAUUCAACCCAAAAAGCCAAAUUCAAGUUAAGCUCUGGAAGUCAACUGAAAUUUAAUUUAAUUUAAGUAAUAAAAUUGAAUUUCACUUGACUUCUAGAGCUUAACCUGGAUUUGGAUUUUUGAUAUAAUAUCUGCAUUUGGGGAAAUGAAAAUUAAAAUUAUAAUAGACGAUCGUUUCGUUUGAAUAUUCUUUAAAUGUUCGAGCUUGAAAUUGACGACAGAAGAGAGUCGGUCACCGAAUCAUCGUUCGUAGCACGAGGAACGCUUCUUCAGCAUAUUACAAAGCAGCUACUGAAGAUCGAAGGAUACUCAUAGCAUGUAAGUUCUUUAGGUGUAAGCAUACAGCACAUCCACGAAACGAAGAAUCAAGUUACAAAGCUCUAGCGAUGCUUCCGGCCGUAAAUGUUACUAGUUUUCACUCCUUGGCGCUAUACCUAUUCACUAGAAAAGAAAGGGGAAACGAAGGAGUAGCAACGACGCGUUUUCAUCAUAGAUUGAAACAAUAGUAAAAUAUAGUUAAUCACGCUUAUAAUGACCGAGAGUUCGUUUAAUUAAUAUUUUAUUUCUUAGUGAAAAUACAUGACACACGCGCUGCAACAGUUGGCUCCGUAUCAGAACGUUAUUAAGAGUUACAGGAUUUAGAAAGAAGAUAGUUGAAAAUUGAUUUUGAUUACAUCAUUAACGUUGCGUAUGCCUCACAGGGGGGUAAUAAAUAAAAUAAAUAUAUUACGAGAAUAGUGACGAACGGAAAAGGAAACUCAGAAGAACAUUGAAUUAAUUAAAAAUUCGUUCGAAGAGAACGAGAUAGAUGUACAAAAUAUUUUUACUUGCAUCGGUACACUGCGGAGUAAUAUAGAGAUAAAAAAUGAUAUUAGUUCGCUUAGAAAUGAUGUGCGUUACUUUGUUGAGAGACUAAAUGAAUUUGUUACUUAUUGAUCGUUUGCAAAGCUAUAAAAUAAAGAGGGCAGGCCUGCAUACAUUAUUAUUAUAUACAAAAUGUACGUAUGUUAUUAUUUAUUAUUGAAAAGUUUCACCACUAAUGGAGAGUAAUAUUUAUUAAUAUACAUUAUAGGAAACUUGAAAAAAAGGUAUAAAUGUAUUUGAAACUAAAAAAAAAGUAUAAGUAUAUAUAUAAAGAACAAAGCGUAUAUUAUAUACAAUAUAAAUAUAUAUAUUUAGCGUUGAGAUUUUAAAAUACAAAACACAAACCCAUGAAAGUACAUGCUUUUUCAAGUAUUCGUGCGAACGGUUGUCAUUUAGUUCGUCGAUUACCUUUAUACACUGUUGGAAACUGAUCUUAUUACGUAUUUGGUAAAAAAAUCUCUUAUUAGAAAUUAGUUCCGUAGUUUCGAAUCGCGUUCCCGUCUUUCACCUAACUUUUUAGGGGGACACUAUCGAUCGUUAGCUUCAUCACUUCUCACACGUUGAUUCAUUUCGUUAAUACAACAAAGAGAAACCACAAAAGAGAGUUGCGUCUUUUUAACUACAAAAUUUCGAUAUUUUUGCCUCGUAUGAAACGACGAAAGAAAUAUCAAUCUGUUCGGCAAUGAAAAUAUAAAAAAUGGCAACACUUAAGAACCGAACGACCCUAUAUAAAUUUUUCGAUUCACUCGCCAUUGAGUAAAAGAUCGAAGAUGUCUUUAAACUUAAGUAAAUACAAAAUAUCUAAGUGUAUAUUAAUAAGGGAGACCUAAAAUGUAUUUAUUGUAAAUCUACGAAUUUACUCGACGUUUUCAUUUCCCGUCGACACUUACCGAGCCGUCGAUAGAUCUUUUUCCAUUCACAAGAAACUCGAGAACGAAUGAGAACAAAAUAAUAAAAGACAGGAUAGAAGACAAAGCAUAUACAGAGGCGGGAAAAUAACGUGCUAAGAUAAAGGGCCCCAUGCGAUAUUGUUUAAGUCGUAGAACAUUAUCGACAUUCCUGUUACGCAUGAUUCGAGUCAACUUUUAAUAAUAUUCAUCUAAAACUGACGUGAGAUGGAAUUCGUGAAUUGUAAUGUAAAAUCGAAACAAUAUCAUGAUGCAUUAGACAAUACUAGGGCAGCAGAGGGUAUGUAUUUUUGAAGAAAAAAAAGGAAACAAAUGAAUGACGUUUAUCUGACCACGAUUACCGAUACCUGCAGAAGAGACAUUCUAUCGAACCGUUGUUGUUAAUUGUCCAUAAUUUUAUCAGCGUUAUAAAUUUUUUUAAUCACCAGUCGUUGAUACUGCCGACUGAAUGGCUGAUUUUACUUCGACGAAUUCACUUGUAUUCUAACGUAAUUAAAGAGGACACAGAGAAAGACAUUAUCAUAUAUACACACAGACAUAUGCACGUAUAUUAAAAAGUUUAGCCAAAGGUACUAUAUUUCUACAGGUAAAGGAAUUAUACAGUGACACUAUCUAAGUAGAGAAAAAUCUCGACUCUUUGAUCUGCAUACAUGUUACACGUACAUUUGGCGAAUCUAUAAACUUCACAUUGUUGUGAAUCUAAACGUAAGAAGUAUACCUUUGCCAUAUCAGUGCCGUUAAUUAACGACGGUUUUGUACAUUAUUCUUGUGCCCAUUUCUUCUUAUAUCUUGACGAAUCGAAGAUUUGUAAAUAAAAAGCCGCGGAAUAAGUUCCCUUAGCACUCGUUGUACCAAUAUGGGAAUUAUUUGAGAAUUAUUAGAAAAAAAUUAUUCAUGACACUAAAACGUGUCACAUUGUUACUGCAUAUUCUAUGCUGUUGUAUUUUAUUGUUAUUCGCUAUACAAUUUAAUAUCUUAUUAUAUAUACAUAUAUAUGUACUUUAGUUUUACAAACUUUGAAGAUCUUUAGCGUCCCAUAAACUAUGCACUAAUGCACCUUCCAAUGCACUUUUUAAUGCACCUUCUAAUGCACUUUUUAAUGCACCCUCCAAUGCACUUUUUAAUGCACCUUCCAAUGCACUUUUUAAUGCACCCUCCAAUGCACUUUUUAAUGCACCUUCCAAUGCACUUUUUAAUGUACCUUUCAUGCACGCGCACGCAAUCAACAGAAAAUUAUAAGUUUAACGAGAAACAUAUAAAUUUCGUUUCUUUUAUUUGAGGCUAGAGAACCGAAGAAAUCGGCACAAGUAUAAUUAACGUUGGUCAAUUCCUUUCCUUGUGAUUUAUCAAACUGACCCAGGGUGAUCUCAUUAACCCUGUGACCUCGUUAUCGUUAAUUAUUAGUCUAAGUUGGAGCGAGGAGAACAGCAACAAAAUCCGACGUCUUCCAAAUGAGAAAGAAGGAAAGAUCGAUGAGUAUGUUGAGUUUAGAGAUGCCUCGCGAUUCGUGAAAGCAGCUAUCCUUAUACAUUGUACGUAAUUAAGCAAAAACAAGAGAAAAAGAAAGAAAACAAGAAAAUACAUUUAUAUACAUACAAAUAGGUGAGAAGAUAAUUAUAUAUAAAUAUGUAUAUGUGUAAACGUGUGUGAAAAACUCUCCUGGCGGUAAUACGAGCGAAAGAAUAUGGAUUAUACGUGGCGUUAUAACGAUGAUUGCUGGCACGUCGUGAUCUUGUUGUACGACAAAUACCACCUAAUUGACCCUAUUAUCCACUGUAUAUCAAUGUCUAAUAAACUGCUGUUAUCCCAAA